AUGAUCACCUCCAUGAGUUUCGCAACACACCAGACAACGUUCCAGGUUGACAGCGUCACACGGCUCUCCCACUUGACAAAGCUGGAGAUACAGGACCUUACGUACCCACCAGAAGGCACGCUCUACAACAUCACUUGGCUCAAGUCUCUGUCGUUGGCAUGUUCCAGGAAUGAGGCGUACAGCAUCCCUGCUGAGAUAGGCAACCUCACUCAGUUGACCCAGCUGAGAAUACCAAACUGUCCCUUUGGGGAUGAGAUUGCCACAGUGAGUCAGCUCACCACCCUUGUGGAUCUGGAGCUUCUGGCAAACAGAAUCCAUGCGAUGUGGACCCUUACACAGAACAGCUUCCCUACACUCAUGAACCUGGAUCUGCGGUCCAACUUAAUCUCACUAAACACCAUCGCUUACUUGCAAAACCUGACAGCCCUCACAUCUCUGGAUUUAUCAUCGAAUCAGCUGAGUGGUGAUGGCCUAGCACAGGGGAAUCUGAGCCUGCCCAACUUACAGUACCUGAACCUCUCCAACAACCAACUGACCGGAGGCAUUCCUGAUUCAUUUCCAACCAUGACGUCCUUGGUCAGCCUGAACUUGAGCUUUAACUAUAUGGAAGGGACGAUCCCACCAUCGCUUGGACGCUGUAAUAGCCUUGCAACGCUAGCCACCAACGGCACGAGUCUCACAUGCCCUGACAGCUACACCAGCUGCGGUGUGCCUCAGAAUGCGUCCUCUGCCUUCUGCCACACCUGCCCUGACUUCUGUGCCACAUGUGGCAAAUCCAAACCGACAGCAAUGGCGGCAGCUGACACACCAAAAUCAGGCUUGUCUACAGCCGCUAUUGUUGCCAUAAUUACUGCUGUUGCUGCUGCUCUGGCCGUCGCUGUCCUGCUUUUCUUCUACUGCUGGUUCAAUUCGAGGCGACCGAAAG